AUGGCGUCACCAUUUGUGAGUGUUCCCGUGGACCUCGGCGCACUUAUCGUACAGGCGUCUCUCCGGAGACAGAGGGUUCGGGACAAAACCGAUCCCUUGGCAUUGCCUAACGAUAUUCUUUAUGAGAGAUACAGAUUCUCAUCAGAGGGUAUUCGUUAUUUGACUGUCCUUGUUGGACCGUAUGCAGGCAAUGCUACACAAAGAAGCCGUGCACUUACUGUUGCACAGUGUGUCUGUGUUUCACUGCGAUUUUUUGCCACGGGCACAUAUUUGCAUGCAGUUGGUGAUGCAGAACAUAUUAGCAAAAACACGGUGUCCUGUGCUAGUCGCAAGGUUGUAGCUGCACUCAAUACUUUGCUUAAUGUGUUCAUGGCGUUUCCCAGCAUUUUGCCCAGUCAAAUUGUCAACGAAGGAUUUUAUAGACUUUCAGGUAAAGAGAAAACCUCCGCCUCAGUGAGAAGCAUUGACUGCACUCAUGUCCCCAUCACUGGACCUUUAGGGGAACAUGAGGCUGACUUUGUCAACAGAAAGUCAACCUAUAGUAUCAAUGUACAGAAAUACCGUUUUCCGAUGACUUGUGACCAUCAACUUAUGGUUACCAGUGUGGAUGCCAAAUGGCCUUGCUCGGUCCAUGACUCCCGUAUUUUCCGGGAGUCAAGUCUUUGCCGACUGUUUCAGCAAGGUGUGGCGCAAUACACGAGAUCAUUAACUGUAAAUGUUGAUUAAGGCAAUGAUC